AUGACCAUCAUCCGCGACCACGAAUCCACCAACCCUCCCAAUGACCCAGAACACCUCUACAAAAGCCCACCACCAGCGUUCGGACAUGAUAUGCUCCCCUUGUUCGACUUUGACGAAGGAUAUGUGAAUCUGAAUCACGGCUCCUACGGCUCCCUCCCUCGCCCCGUCAAAGCUGUCUGCGAGAAGCUCACGACAGAGAUCGAGCGCAACCCCGACAAGUUCCACUGGUUCGCGCAGAACGAACGUACCACCCGCGUUCGCGAGCGGCUUGCGAGCAUGCUCGGUGCUCACGUCGGCGAGUGCGUUAUGAUCACAAACACAUCGCACGGGCUAGCGACGGUGUUGAGAAACUUCGCGUGGGGUGAGGGGGAUGUGAUCGUUGGCGCAACGACAACGUACGGUUCUGUCUCGCAGACACUCAAGUACCUCAAGGACACGCAUCCGCAAAUCACGCUGUCCACGUUCAACAUCCAGCUCCCGACGACGCACGCGCAGAUCGUCGAGUCCUUCGAGGAGCACAUCAAAAAUCUGAGCUCAGGACUCUGGAGGCUUCAGAGCAGGAAUCCGAGGAUCAUUGCUGUUAUCGACGCGAUCACGUCUACACCGGGCGCACGCAUGCCCUGGAAGGAGAUGGUGCGGGUGUGUGCGAAGUACAGGGCACUGUCGGUCGUGGACGCAGCGCAUGCGCUUGGGCAGGAGCCGGAUAUCAACCUUGGGGAGGCGAAGCCGGACUUUUGGGUUUCGAAUUGUCACAAGUGGCUCUUUGCAAAGCGCGGGUGCGCUGUGCUAUACGUGCCUAGACAAAACCACCACCUCCUCAAAUCCCCAAUACCCACGCCUUUCACGUACCGGUCUCCUCAAGAUAAUGAAUACAACGGUCCCUCGAGUUUCGUGGACAUGUUCGAAUCGACAUCAACAAUCGACUACGUACCCUACUUGAGCGUCGACGAAGCACUAAACUUCCGUGCCUGGCUCGGCGGCGAAGCCCUCAUCCACCAAUACUGCCACACCAUGGCCCUCCGUGGCGGACGUGCCCUCGCGCAGCACCUCGGCACAGAAGUCAUGGACCCCGACGGAUCGCUUACGUGGAACAUGGUCAACGUCGCCCUCCCGAUUCCCGGCGCUAUCUGGUACACGCAGGAGGUGCGCGCGUUCAUCAGCCGCACGCUCCUGCUCGAGUGGAACGUCUCGGCCGGGUGCUACAAGCACAACGGGCGGUGGUGGACGCGGUGCAGUGCGCAGAUAUGGACGGAGGUAUCGGACUUUUUGAGGGUCGGAAACGCGCUGAAGGAUAUGUGCAAGCGCAUUGUGGACGCGCAUGAGCGGGGGGAUGUUGGGUUUUGCUCCGGGGAUCCUGAGGUUGAGGUUUUGGACGUGUAGAAAGACAGAAGCCUGUGUUACUCGGUGAUGUCCUGUAAUAUCACGCGGAGAAGCUCAUGAAAUAGGUCACAAAUAGGACGGUGUUUCCUUCUCACCUCUCGCCACAAAAGGUUGACGCAGACGUCUGGUUUUCUCUGCGCAUCGCACGGCGGAGAUUGGCAGCAUCUCCCGGGUCGUCCUCGAAACUUCCAUGUCGUUUUUUUCUUUAAAGAACCUUCGGACAUGAAGCCCGUCAUAGGUAAAUUUCAGUGUCCGUAAAC